AUGAGUACUAUCGGCAACGAAACCCCUUCAACGGCGAAUGCCCUGAGCACAGGUCCCGCAUUGAAACAGCCGAUCCAGCGGGCAUGGUGGCGCGAGGCGUCAGUGUACCAGAUCUACCCAGCUUCAUUUAAAGACAGCACGGGGUCAGGUCGAGGCGACAUCCCCGGCAUCAUCUCCAAGCUCGACUAUAUCGCAGAGCUGGGCGUCGAUAUCGUUUGGCUGUCACCGAUCCUGAAAUCUCCACAAGUUGACAUGGGCUACGACAUUUCAGACUACCGCGAUAUCGACCCCAUUUAUGGUACGAUGGAGGACCAUGAUCAGAUGAUCAAGGGUCUGCAUGAUCGAGGCUUGAAAUACGUCAUGGACCUGGUGGUCAACCAUACCAGCGACCAGCACGAGUGGUUCCGACAAUCGAGAAGCUCGAAGGAUAACCCGUUCCGCGACUGGUACUUUUGGCGGCCGGCUAGGUACGAUGGCCAGGGAAAAAGAAUUCCGCCGAAUAAUUGGGAGUCUGCGUUUUCCGGCUCCGCUUGGCAAUGGGAUGAGGGUACUCAGGAGUACUACCUCCAUAUUUUUGCGAAGGAGCAGCCUGAUUUGAAUUGGGAGAACCCCAAGGUCGUGGAAGCCGUGCAUCAGAUCAUCCGCUUUUGGCUGGACAGGGGUGUAGAUGGGUUCAGGAUGGAUGUGAUAAAUUUCAUUUCGAAGGAUCCUGCCUUACCGGACAACCGAAUUUACAAGCCCGGGUUUUUGCAGAUGGGCGUCGAGCAUUUCGCGUGUGGACCAAGGCUGCAUGAGUUUUUGCAGGGCAUUGGCAAGAUUUUGAAGGAGUAUGAUGCUUUCAGUGUGGGUGAGAUGCCAGGUGUGACUGACACGAGGGAGAUCCUGAAUGGAGUAGGGCAGGAUCGCGGAGAGUUGGCGAUGGCUUUCCAGUUUGACAUUGUCGAUAUGGAUCACGAACGUCGGUCAAAGUGGUUACCGAAAAAAUUUGAUCCUCGUGAGUUGAAGCAGGUUGUCAACAAGUGGCAGAGGUUCAUGCUCGAUAAUGCUGGCUGGAAUGCUCUGUACAUGGAGAACCAUGAUCAGGCAAGAACGAUCAGCAGGUAUUGCGAUGAAAGUGAAGAGCACAGAAUGAAGAGUUCGAAAUUACUUGCCAGUCACCUGGGAUUCCAGUCGGGCACGGUCUUCGUUUAUCAAGGGCAAGAGCUCGCACAGGUCAAUGUCCCCGAGGAAUGGGGAUUGGACGAAUAUCAAGAUCUGGAAGUCAUCAACCAUUGGAAGACGGUGUUGGAAGAGUAUCCUAACGACAAGGAGAAGCAGGCGGUAUUCAAGAAGCAAUAUCGGCAGCUUGGGAGAGACAACGCAAGGACUCCCAUGCAGUGGAAGCCCACCGCUCAUGAUUAUGCAGGGUUCUCGCCUGAGCCGGCUUCCGCCGGUGGGAGCGACAAAGCUGCGUCGACGAAACCCUGGAUGUCGAUCCAUCCCGAUUAUAAACGAUGGAACGCGGAGUCGCUGGUCGCGGACAAGAGCUCUUCCUUCCACUAUUGGCGCCGUGUGCUUCAGUUCAGGAAGGGACAUAAAGACAUCUUCGUAUAUGGAGAUUUCAACAUGCUGGACUUUGAGCAUGAGCAUGUCGUGGCGUAUGUUCGAACGGCAGACGGUAAAGAUGUGGGAGCGCUUUCGUCGAGAUGCCUCGUUAUCACGCAUUUCGGAGGCCAGAACACUUGGUGGACGCUACCUGAUAGUGUCUCGGAUAUUUUGUUUGACAACGAGGGAUUGAGAGAACAUGCCAUUGUGCCUGAUUUGAGGAACUACAUCUCUGAAGGGAAGGACAACGAAGUGAGAAAGGGCGCAGACGGGAAGUGGGCCAUUAAGCUGAGACCGUGGGAAGUCGUGAUUGCACUUUCGCCCCGCCGAGUGGGAGCUUCGAGUCUUUGA